AAUACAGAAAAACUGCGAGAGUCAUGUCUGAAAAUGCGGCGGCGGCCGGUGCUCCCGCUAAUGCAACGACUGCUGAAAGUGGCGGUCAAGAAGCGACACCAGUAAAGCCGCUGAAAAUGUCCUUUGCGGAUUGGAAGAAGAGCAAAGAGGAGUCCGAGGCACCACAGGGUGGCUCUGAACCACGUAAUGGUCGCAAACCACAACAAAAUUUUAAUUCUAAAAAAUUCCAACAGCAUCCACAACAAUGUCCAGGCGGUGGCCCAAGAAACCAGAGCAGAAUAGGGAUUCCUCCAAUGUGUCGACCACCACCCUUACCUUUACCAUUGAUGUCACUGAAUUUCAGAAACUAUGGGCCAGGUCCAUGUGGACCGCCCCUGCCGCCACCUUCAAUGCCACCACCACGUAAUAUGGGAAUGGGACCCGGUCCAAGACACAUGAACAGACCAUUACAGCCUCCACCCUUUUGGGAGGACAUGAUGUCACCACAGCAUCGGCCCCCGCCGAUACAGCCGCCGAUGCCCAAAUGUCCAAGCCUUUGGAAUCUUGUACCCAAAGAUAAGAAACCCCAGCCUCGCAACCAACAAUACAAAAAACAGCAUCCCAGUAAUAACAAGAAGUCAGCAACGACUAAGGCAGUGAAGGACGCAGCUUUGAUGCCGCCGCCCCCUCCACCGCCUAAUGACAAUGGCACAAACAGUAAUUCACCCGGGCUACAGGAAAAUGGUAGCCAGCCGUCAAAGAAGGUGAAGAAAAGUGGGGGUACCUUUAUGCAAAUCAAAGGUAAGUGGGUACUGAAACCCGAAGCUCCUCUGCCGUUGAACCAAUCCGAGCCUGGCACCAAAGAGGACCGCCAGCGUCAAUGGAAGGAGUACCGCCAGGCAAUGAAACCCUUCAAGAACCGUGAGUUCCACAACUGGAAGCGUACUGUUCAACGUCUGGGAAAGUUGCCGCGCGACCAACUUGAUGAAAAGCAGCUGGAGCGCUUACAAAAGGCCGAAGAGUAUAUUGGAGCUCAUAAGGCGAUGCUGACGAUUAAACAUGCCGAACGCUGGGUUCCGCAAGAAAACCAAACUAGCUCCUCGACAAAUAAAUCCCAGGGCCAGGUCUACGUGCGCUCUCCACCCGCCACGGCCUGGAACAAAAAGUCUGGUGGAGUUGGAGAUGAGUCAAAUUCAUUUCGUCGUGGUGUUCCUGUCAAACAGUAUAUUGGCACUGGUCGUGCAAUUAAGGGUGCUGGUAUGGAACCAAAUGCAGCACCUUUGCCCUCAGGUCAUUGCCAAUCAUCAGGGGCGGCUGGUGGAUACUUUAACCAGGACGCCACUAGCCAAACUUUCGGACAGCCGUCGCGCCCACCCCCCAUCUACACAGGCUACAGUUCGCAUUUUGUAAAGAGCGGCACGUUACUGCAGCCUUAGGAUAAAUGCUUCUCAUUUAAAAUUACUAACUGUCAAUAUUUUAAGAGAUAUCAUGAUAUCGUAUUUGAAAAAUAAAACAAAACACAUUAAGCAUUCGUAAUCGAA